AUGAUAAUGCCGUCUUCGUCUUUCCUCUUCGACUCACCUAUCCCUCCACAGCUUGAUCUCGUCGGCGCCCCGUCUCCUCUCUUCCAGGUUCCACCAACGCCUUCAGCUUCGUCCGCUCUAUAUCACUCAAUAUCCGUUUCCCAGCGCAAAAGAUGCCGCCCAGAGUUGGAUCGCGGUCGAGUGAAUGUGCUCCAAACGCCGCCUCAUCGUCCGCCACCACCAGUGAACGACUUCUUCGCCGACCUCGACGAGUCCUAUGAUCACGAGGACCAUGAUUUUCACCGACCCAGUCGCUAUUGCGACUACCCACAAACUCCUCUUGACGCAAGCCUUACAGACACCGGCAAGGAACCUGAUGACUUUCGUCGGAAACGUUGUCGUCGAGAGGACCCUUCCCUAGUCAUUGCUGCAUCACCCUCGGGUAUAGACGAAAAGGCUAUGGCACCUGAGCAAAUGCCGACCGAAGCUAGGCCGGUGCGCUGGAGCCGCGCUGUCCUGAACGUGGUGGGGAAAGUCUGGGAUUUCUGCUGGUCUGGGCCUUUUCGCGGAUUCUAUGCUGGUGGUGGUCGAGGGUAUCCGCUUGACCCUCCACACCCUCCUCCUGGAGAAACUCAACAAACCUACACACCCACAUCCUAUCCUCCCCGGCCUUCAUCCUCAUCGGCACUUCCUCCAGCCACUGAGAAAAGCAUAGUCUCCGUACCGGGCGAGUAUCCGCUCGAGACCAGAGAGGACGCACUCCACGGGAGCUGGGUCAUGGUUUCCCCAAGCGAAGUUGCCGGGAGUUAUAACAGCCCUUCUACUCGGCCCCGUUCGCGAAAAUGCCAUGUGCCUCGUAAUCGUGUGGUCCAUCGCCGGACGCCAUCUAAACGAUCACUUGCACCCCAUCCUAGCCCGACUUUUUCGGCUCCUGCAAAGCCGCACGAAAGCCCAGUCUCGGUGGAAACACAGCGUUACCUUGCAAAACAACGGCGAAUGGAACGCGAAGAGGACGCCAGCUUGCGCCGCUUAAAUAGUCAGUUACAAGCCAUGAUCCAGGAAGGAAAGCAGGCGCUUGGGACUCGCGUGGAGAUCGACGACAUGGACAUGGAAGAUUGA